AUUCAGUUAUCUCUGAUUCGAAGAUUAUAACUUUUGAGGAAAUUAUCGAAAAUCCCAGACGAGCAUCGCACCCGUAUACGUGAGCACAUCUGUAGUACUAUAUACCUAUAGGUACGUAAUAGAAGGUUGCACAUGUGCGUCGAAGAAAGUUCCACAAUAUAUCGUACGUACGCGUUUUUACCUGCAUCAGGUGCAGCGAUUAGUAUUUUUAUUACAGAUGUUACGUUAUUUCAUGUUACGUUAGAAUCACCCGUACGUACGUACGUAGGUACGUAGAUACAACGCAACACACACACGCUCUAAUAUCGGAAGUCAGAAGCUUUGCGGUUAUCCAAUCCUUAUGAACAAUUUCGCACACUCAAUUUCACAUUUCAAUUUUAAAAUUAUUCCCAGUCUCUCGAAAGUACACGCGUUCCGUUUAAUUAUCAUUGCCGUGUAAUGAUUGUGUUCUCUAUUAAUGUAAUCCAUCAGAAUAUAUGUUUCCUGAAUUGUAUUAUUCUCAUUUUAUCCUGUUCUUUUUUUUUUCUUUCUUUCUUUUUUUUUUUUCUUCUUGCGAGUGUUUCACCCGAUAUAAAUUACAGUUUUACAAGUUACAACACACGUAUUUCAAUGUUUUACCUGUGUUACGCGUACAAUUCUGAUUUCCUCAACCCGGCAAUGGAAGUUUCUUUGCGGCGCGCUCGAACUACACAACCACGGUAUUUAUUAUACGUGUGUGUACUCGAAGGAAACGGGGAAUGGGUUAACUAACUACUCAUUUUCCCCGUAUAAAAGCAACCAUCAAAAAGAGAUCUUAAUUCAGUACGAAGUAACUUCAAGAGUUAACGUUCGCGUACAGCCUUGUGCAUCAUGGGUAAAUACACGGAAAAGUUGAAGAUUCUCGUCCUGGUCUUCGGACUGGCGGCGGUGGCGUCGGCCGACGGGGAAGCCGAAAAGGAGAAAUCGGGAUCCUCGGUCGACGAAAAAUCCAAGCCCAAACGGGGUCUGGAGCUCGGUUACGGGGGCGGUUUCGGGGGUCACGAUUUCGGGGGCCACGACUUCGGCGGUUUCGGAGGUUUCGGGGACAGCGGGGGCGGCGGAGAGGCUCACGAGGAGCACAUCUCCGCCAUAACUAUCACUAAGGAGAAAAAGGUCCACGUACCGGUGCCCUAUCCCGUUGAGAAGCCGGUCCCCUAUCCCGUCAAAGUCCCCGUCAAGGUCCCCGUCGAUCGUCCCUAUCCCGUUCACGUUCCCGCUCCUUAUCCCGUGACGGUGGAGAAGCACGUCCCUUAUCCCGUGGAGAAGCCGGUGCCUUAUCCCGUCAAGGUGCACGUCAAGGUCCCCGUCAAAGUCCCCUAUCCUGUCAAAGUACCGUACAAAGUACCUUACCCGGUUCACAAGCCCGUUCCCUAUCCCGUGAAGGUUCCGGUCGUCGUCAAGGAACCGUAUCCGGUCUACAUAAAGGAACAUCACGAGCAUGGAUCGUCGGGCGGCGGAUCGUCGUUCGGUGGAUUCCACGGAUUUGAAUCCUUUGGACACCACUGAUGAUUGGCGGUAACGCACCAAUCGACCUCCACUUCGUGAAAAAUAAAAUUUUGAAAAUAAUAAUUUUUUAGGCUUAUUCGUUGCGACGAUGGUGUGAUUGAU